AUGAAGGUUAUCAUCAAGCUUAAUAACGAACAGAUUUUCCACGUCACAGUGCCCGAUAAUUCUACAGUGGAGGAUCUCAAAAUUGCUUCACUAGUGGCGCUGCCCCCUAAAGUUGGCUUAUCAAGGCAUACAGCAAAGCUUUGGUAUUCCGGUGAGAAGAUGGAAUUCACAAGUACUUUAAAGAGUUAUGGAAUUACUUCCGACUCGAAUUCAACAGUGUACUUAACAGCUGGCAGCAAACCUGUUGUUGAUGUUGUGGAUUCAGAACACUUGCAAAGCCAGUUAAGUUCGGAGUCUGCUGUGUCUUGCAUUUCUCAGGGUGAAUCAGACCAGGAACACACUAUACGGCACACCAGAAAGAAGUCCAGAUCGAAGUCAAAGUCAAAGGGCAAGAAUAGAUGCUCAUUUGGCACAUGUCAUGCUACCGCUUUGAGAUUGACAGGCGAAUGUCAAUUCUGCAAAGGCCGGUUUUGCUCCAAGCAUAGACUUCUUGAGAAACACAACUGUAAGGGAUUGAAAACAUGCAAGGACAAGUGCUUUGAGAGGAAUGCGUUGAAGCUCCGUAAAGAACAGACUGUUGCCUCCAAAGUUUAG